CGCUCCACAACACAACAGUCAGCUGGGGAGAGGCAGGCGUGUGCGCGCGCGCGUGCCGACCAACCGGGAAGCGAAGCGCAAGCCGAGAAAGACCCCGUUCAACCUCAACGGCGCAGGCUACAAGUCGAGGAGAUUUCUACCCACUACAUCCAUUCCGUCCCCAUCAUGGCCGACCCAGCGGCUGUCGAGGGCGAGGGCGAGGGGGCCGCGCGAGGCUUCGCCAGGCAGGGCGCGCUGAGGCAGAAGAACGUGCAUGAAGUGAAGAACCACAAGUUCAUCGCUCGCUUCUUCAAGCAACCGACCUUCUGCAGCCACUGCACCGACUUUAUCUGGGGUUUCGGCAAGCAAGGUUUCCAGUGUCAAGUGUGUGGUUUCGUGGUCCACAAACGCUGCCAUGAAUUUGUUACUUUUUCCUGCCCAGGGGCCGACAAGGGCCCUGCAUCAGAUGACCCUCGCAGUAAGCAUAAAUUCAAGGUACACACAUACUCCAGCCCCACAUUCUGUGACCACUGUGGAUCGCUACUGUACGGGCUCAUACACCAGGGGAUGAAAUGUGACACUUGUAUGAUGAAUAUUCAUAAACGAUGUGUGGAAAAUGUUCCCAGUCUGUGUGGAACAGACCACACCGAGAGGAGAGGACGGCUGCAUAUCAGUGCUAGUAUCACAAAUUUUGUUCUCUCUGUGACCAUCAAGGAGGCUCGUAACUUGGUGCCAAUGGAUCCAAAUGGACUAUCAGAUCCAUACGUGAAGCUUAAAUUAAUUCCAGACCCAAAGAGCGAGAGCAAGCAGAAGACCAAAACCAUCAAGUGCUCCCUCAAUCCUACCUGGGAUGAACAUUUCAGCUUUAACCUCAAAGAUACAGAUAAAGACAGGCGUUUGUCAGUAGAGGUGUGGGAUUGGGAUCUGACCAGCAGAAAUGACUUCAUGGGGGCCAUGUCUUUUGGCAUCUCCGAGUUGCAGAAACAAGGCGUCAAUGGAUGGUUUAAGUGUCUGGGCCAAGAGGAAGGGGAAUAUUUCAAUGUUCCAGUUCCACCAGAUGGAGAAGAGGGCAAUGAAGAACUGAGGCAGAAAUUUGAGAGAGCCAAGAUCGGCCCUGGCACUAAGAAUAUAGAUGGCUCUUCAAAGAACGAUAUCUCCAAAUAUGAUGCCAAUGGCAACCAAGACCGCAUGAAGCUCACAGACUUCAACUUCAUCAUGGUGCUGGGCAAAGGCAGCUUUGGCAAGGUCAUGCUUGCCGAGCGUAAAGGCUCAGACGAGCUGUACGCAGUGAAGAUCUUGAAGAAGGACGUGGUCAUUCAGGAUGAUGAUGUGGAAUGCACUAUGGUGGAGAAGAGAGUUCUUGCUCUCUCUGGCAAACCGCCCUUCCUCACCCAUCUCCACUCCUGCUUUCAGACCAUGGACCGCCUUUACUUUGUGAUGGAGUAUAUCAAUGGUGGAGAUUUGAUGUAUCAGAUACAACAAGUGGGAAAAUUUAAGGAACCCCAUGCUGUGUUCUAUGCUGCAGAGAUUGCCAUCGGCUUGUUCUUUCUUCAUUCUAAGGGCAUUAUUUACAGAGAUCUGAAGCUGGAUAAUGUGAUGUUGGAUGCUGAAGGCCACAUUAAGAUAGCUGAUUUUGGCAUGUGCAAAGAGAACAUGUUUGAUGGGGCCACAACCAAAACCUUCUGUGGCACUCCAGACUACAUUGCCCCAGAGAUCAUAGCAUAUCAACCGUAUGGGAAGUCUGUUGACUGGUGGGCUUAUGGAGUUCUCCUGUAUGAAAUGCUGGCGGGACAGCCCCCUUUUGAUGGUGAGGAUGAAGAUGAGCUAUUCCAGUCCAUCAUGGAGCAUCAUGUAUCUUACCCGAAAUCCAUGUCAAAAGAAGCAGUGGCCAUAUGCAAGGGGCUGAUGACCAAGCACCCAGGGAAGCGUCUGGGUUGUGGACCGGAGGGAGAACGAGACAUUAAGGAACACGCUUUCUUUCGCUACAUGGACUGGGAAAAGCUGCAAAAUAAAGAAGUUCAACCCCCCUUCAAACCCAAAGCAAAAAAUCGACGUGACACUGGGAAUUUCGACAAGGAGUUCACCAAGAUGGUGGUUGAGCUGACACCAACCGAUAAACUCUUCAUUAUGAAUCUGGACCAAAAUGAAUUCCAAGGUUUCUCCUACACCAACCCCGAGUUUGUUAUUCAGGUUUAACAUUAAACUAAAAUCGAUCGCUCCUUUAGUGAGAGAAGGAGACACUCGUAUUACCCAGAAUGCAUCAUUUUGUCCCAGUGCAUCUCGAUUGUCCUCUCUCUUCACUUAAAACGGCACAAAACCAGCAGGAUCAAACAGAACCAAACCAGGAUUAUACUCAGUUUUUCAACCAAGGCCUCGGAAACUCUUGAAAUUGAAUUUGACAGAGGAGAGAGAACGGUUAUAAAAGAGUGUAUUCAUAGUCUCCAUGAGAAUGUCUUGUCUUUUCAUCUCCAAGAGAAUUAUCCUACCUCUUUCUUUUAUACAUUCUCUCCAUGUAUUCAGCCAGUCCCUUGUUUCCAGAUGAAUUAGCCUGACAACAUGCAGCACUAAUGGACCUGUUUCUCCAGAGCUAAUUAAGCCUUACGCAACCUUGAACCUUUCAAGUUCAAAUCUGGAUUCAAUGAUAUCAAUUCAAAGCAAAGUACCCGUGCGUCUGUAAAUGAAAGAUGAGCAAAUAUAGCUAGAUGUUUGUUUAAAUGGUUGAUAUCUUUCAGCUUGCUCUGAGAUUCUCAGCAUUAGCAUAUCAUCAGAAGCACAACAGUCAAAUAAUGAUAUCCUAAUGGCCUUUAGUUUGCUACUGGCAUAAUGGCUUCUGUUCAUGAGAUGCUCUUAAAAAUUAAUUAUUUGUGUAUGUCAUGAUAGCUGGAGAGAACAUAGGCCAUCAGGCUUCAUUUAUAAUUUACAUGCAACUCAAAAGCAUGCUUUGAAAGUCAACAUUUUUAUGUUAAAACAGAUCACUUUAGUUUAGAGGACAACAUUUUAUAUAUCAUAAGGUAUAUUUGAAAUAAAUUAAUAAUCUGAUAUUAAAACCAAAUCUUAAAGGUGUAGAAAGAGAUUUCCCAAGAAACAUUGAUAUUUGAAAUCUGUGCUCCUGUCAUGACGAGAUUUGAUUAAAAGUCAAUAUUAUGAUAUAAAUAGUUCAAAUUUGAACACUAAGCCAUUAUAACAUAAAAGUCAAACAAUAAGAAAAAGUCUAAA